AUGAAGGUCACAUUGAAGGAAUGGAAUGCCGUCGCAACCUGGCAUUGGGAUAUGCCGGAGGAUGAGGUCUGUGGUAUUUGUCGCGUCCAGUUUGACGGGACCUGUCCCACCUGCAAAUUCCCUGGUGAUGACUGCUCGCUUCGUGAGUCGCUACGCGCAUCCGAAUCCUUCACCGAUUGGGGCCUCUUGGGCAAUGACGCUGACCUGGAUCACAGUUCUUGGCAAAUGUGGCCAUUCAUUCCAUAUGAAUUCGAAUGGAAACAAAACGAGGAUGAAUGA